AUGAAGCCACAAGAAAAUGCACACUGUUAUCAUUCUCCAUUGAGAUUCAGUACAUUAUUCCUUCGCUUCCAAUUACUGUUUUCUCUCGCUCUAUUCCUUCUUCUUCCUUCUCCGUGCCAUUCUCAAUCUCUUUAUACCUCCUUUGGAGAUUUCGCUUGUAACUCCGUAUCGUCUUCUUCUACUCGUUGCCUCUCUGCAUCAGUUGAAUUGAAACUCGAUUCCAACUCGAGCUCAAUUUCCGAUUCCUUCUCGUAUUACUACAAUACUCAGGGUCAGAAAAUCGAUUUAGGUACGACUGUCAAAUUUGAAGCCAACAUUCUCAAGGCCAAAUCACGACUCUACUUGGUCAAGGAUUCGAAAUUCAUUUACAACAAGUAUGAGGUCUUUACUCCUGGAUUGGGAUGUGCCAUGACUCGAACAAACUCGGACUGUCCUGGAGAUGUCUAUGUGUUAUGUUGUUUGGGUGGAAAGAGAGGAACUGGAGCGUUUUGUUUGAAGGAGGCUGAGUCUCCAGGAAUGAAUCUGAGAAGAGCCUAUCAGGUGUAUCGAAUCACACUUUCGACAAGUAUUCUCUUGACUGUUCAAGUGAAAGUGACUCGAAAUGGUAAAACACGAGAAUUGACUCUGACAGAGAGUGCCACUUCAGCUUCUUUGCCAUCCUUUGGGAUGGAUGCAUUCAUGAUGUAUCAACUCUCCAUGCAGCAUCAAGAAUUGGAGAAGAAAUUUAGCAUGUGCAGUAAUAAUUAUGUCAUGUUGAGAUUGAUGCAAACAGGUGCCAUCAAUAACAAUGCCCUCUCAUCCAAUAAUCUAUUACUCGUUGAAAAAUUAUCAAACUUUAUAACGGAUCAAUAUUCGUAUCAAAUUAAAGCUUCAUGUGACGCUGAAUAUGGAGAUCAAACCAAGACCCAUGACUAUAUGGAUCAUAUUAAGGAUCAAUUCUAUAAUGCUCAAGAAUUGUAUGGAAUCAAAAAUGUUCUUAGGAAUAAGCUUAACGUACCCCUUACUGAGACCAUCACAUUUGGAAAUUCUGACACUAGUGGUGAUCAAAAUGGAUUGGAUUAUUUGGAAGUUGAUGUGACGAGUCCGGUACUAUCAAUUAAUUUAUUGAUAAAAAAUAUAUAUGACUUGUAA